UCGAUCGUUCGAUCAGUACGCGAACUACCCAUCUCAUCUCUCUCAUAUCUUGACUCUUUCAAUUGUCGAAGAGGAGCUCCGUUGAUCUUCCUCAUCCCCAGUUUCAUCCCCGAUCUUCCAAUCCACCAGUCAUUCCCCCCUUCCUACCUCAACAUGCAGACGUCAACGUUGGUCGCCAUCUCCACUGGCACGGUACUGACCGGCUUGCUGGCCUACGCCGUGUACUUCGAUCACAAGAGACAGACGGAUCCGGACUUCCGCAAGUCCCUCAAGAGGAACAACCGACGGAUGGCCAGAGCCGUCAAGGAGGAGGUCGAAGCUCAGGGUGCCCAUGAGCGGGAAACCAUCAAGCAGGUCGUUCAGCAGGCCAAGGAUGAGGGCUUCCCUACCGACCUCGAGGAGAAGGAGGCUUACUUCAUGGGCCAAGUCGCCAAGGGCGAGUCCAUCUGCGGUGAAGAUGCAGACAAGAUCGAGGCCGCUCUCUGCUUCUACAAGGCCCUCAAGGUCUACCCCCAGCCCAAGGACCUGAUCGCCAUCUACGACAAGACCGUCCCCAAGGAGGUGCUCGAGGUGUUGGCCAUGAUGGUCGCCAUGGACCCCGUCCUGCAGGUCGGCUCGUUCACCGGGGGCGGUGCGGGUGCUGGUGCCGACAACCACGGCGUCGAAUAAACACAUCCGACCUCCCUGUCCCGUCGAAUCCGAAUUGCGCCCUCCCUCUGAUGAACCUUCGAUCCACCGUCACCCUUCGGAAUUCCGCAUACAAGAUCUUGGCCCCCACCGUGUCUUCCUGUGUUAUACAACACUCGGGACCGUGGCCUCAUCUGUCAUGUGGUAGAUAGACUUCUCUCCUGCCGGCCCAAGAGUCGGAUUAUAUUUGCCAUAUGACGUCUCCCAGCAUCUCCACUAUUUCGAGUGCGUGUAUUUUUCGUUUCUUUUUCCUUAUAUGUCUGUGGUACCACUGUAUAUUUGCAUUGUUGUCUUGGCCGCCGGUGUGGCGGAAUCAUCUUGGUAUUUCUCGGUGCCAUGACUUGGUCCUUUUCGUUCUCCUUGUCCUCUCCCCUUUUUCCUUCACGGUCCGCUAUACGAGGGUCUAGGCUGCCAUUUUCUGGACUUUCUCUGGUUGUCUUCGGUUCAUUGUUCUCCCCCCCUUUUCUUCUUCCCCCGUCCGUCUCGAUGGGGUGUAUUCUUUAAAAAGAGAUCAUCGGUAGUUUAGCGCGGGUAAAAUAAAAGAAUUGAUCGAAGGGAUAUCAGUCAUGUAGGAA